UCAAAUUUCAAACUGUCAAAUAUUUUGUUACCAUUUUUACGGUUCCUGUGCAAGUUUUACCAUUUUCAUGGUAUAAAUGCCAAUGAUUUAAGUGUUUUAAUCGUUAAAUAAAGCAUUUUUAAUAAUAUCUAAUCAGUGCAAAAACAUUGACAUGCCACUGUUCGUAUGAACAAAAUUUAGCUCAUUGGACUUCUUCAUUCAUCUUCAUGUUGACUUUGUGCCACAACUAUUUUCGUGUAUUUCCUAAUAAUAAAAACAAUAAGGAAUCCACCCAGAAUGUCAGCAAGAGAAAAUUCGCUUUCGGUGUAUUUGUUUUAUUUUUGGUGGUGGUUCUAUGGGUCGCAUCAUCAGAACUGACAAAAUUUAUAUAUGUUGAAAAGAAGUUGGACAGGCCAUUCCUUGUGACCUAUGUGCGGAGUUCUAUGUUAUUUGUCUACCUAUUGGUGCUGUGCUUUGCGCCUCCUACAAGGGACCCCUGUCGACCUGCCGACUACACUCAACUGUUAGAGCCGACAGCUGAAACAGAUGAUGAGAAUUAUUUCACCGAGUCUACUAAUAGCUUGGGGGACUCGACUUUUGUGCCCGUCAGAGCAGGGGAGACCACUGACAGUGACGAUGCAGCACCCAGAGCUGUUCGGUUCAACAAAGUGGCGGAGGUGCGAGUUAUGUCCGCUGCGAUGGCGGGCGAGGCGCUACUAGCGCGGUUAUCGUGGGCGGCGUCAGUGCGCGCUACAGAGUAUGCGCAGCGCAGAGCAGCCGCCGCGGCUACACGGAGGCACCUCAAGCUGGCUGUUUUGUUCUGUAUACCAUGGUUCAUAUCAAACUAUUUGUACCGGCUGAGUAUCUUGUACGGGCCGGCGAGUUCGGCCAAUAUCUACACUUCUACAACCGCAUCACUAGCGCUGUCAUUCGGCGCGGUGUUCGCACAAGCGCCCACUGACAGACUGUCGCUGUCAAAGUGCGUGUCAGUGCUGCUGACUGCCGCGGGACUGGUAGUUUUGGGCAUAUCAGAGAGUCAUACGAACAGCUGGAAGGCGGUGCUGGCUGCGCUAGGCUCAGCCGUGUUCUACGCCGUCCAUCUGCUGCUCUUCCGACGGGAGCUCAGGAAAGGAGACGGGAUCAAUUCACCGCUACUUGUUGGUUUAGUGGGGUGCGCGAUCGGCUGCCUCGUGUGGCUUUUAGGCGCGGCGCUGGCAGCAGGCGGGGCGGAGCGAGCGGAAUUGCCGCCGGCGCGGCUGUGGAGCUGGCUGCUGCUCGACGCCGCGCUCGGCCCGCUGCUGCUCGAGUCGCUGUGGCUGCUUGGCCGGUCGUUCACCAGCACAGUGACAGCGACCAGUAUGCUGGGGCUAGUUCUGCCGUUGGCGGUGUGCGUGGAGGCUUACAGCGGACGCGGCUCCGUCUGGGCCGGCGCCGCGGCGGCUCUGGCGGCCGCUGGCUGGGCGGCGGCCGUGUUGGAACUACCGCGGCCGAGGCCUGUGAGCUGGCUGACCAAACGGUUACGGGCCGCAGAGGGAUUCUCAGCAAUUAGGAACAUCUCCGACUUGGACGAGCAGUCAGAAGCGCUGAUGUCAUCAGACGAGCCGACGUAG